AUGAAUGCUGUCAUGCCUUCACAUAAACUUUCUGAUCGGACAAUAUCAGUGGUUGGUUUUUCUGGGGUGAAACAGACUCUGCCAAUCUCCACGCCUCUGCACACGGUUGUGGGCAGACAGAAAGUGACACAUCCAUUUGUGUGCUCCCCCUCAUCUCCCGUGAACUUAUUAGGGAGGGACUUGUUGAUUGCUCUGGGGGCGACAAUUUUGUGUGGACCUGAUGGAUUACUUGUCACUUUUCCUGAUGGAUCUUCCCAUGCCUGUUCUCCAGUAUACACCCAUGGACAGUUUUUGCUACAACAAGCCGAGGAACAUCUGGCUGACAUAUACUGGGGCCUUUUACAGCCGGAAAAGACUGACCAUGCUGGGAUCCUGUCUUGUUUUCUGCUUUGGAAGCCCUGGAUUCAAGCACUCGCUCCGUAUGGCCCCACUCCUGAUCUGCCCCAUGUUACUUUGUUUUAUGACCGAGACCAGACCGAAUGGUUUCAGGAGCAGUUUGAGACACAUUUAGCAGGUAGAGACUGGACUGUAUUUUCACAGGACAUUUAUGUGGCACCGGAGGGUGUGGCUGCAGCUGUUAAUCUGACUCAUGAUCAGUUGUUUUGGUAUAAAAUGCAGGAUGAAGCUGUUCCACAUAUUUCUUUGGCUCUCCAUCCUGGCCACCAGGCCAUGGAAUUAGGGGGAGUGGUAAAGCGCUCCCUGGCAGUUUCUGAUUGGCAGGCAACUGUUAGUGCAGACCUCUUUUUCUCUCCUUCUACAAACACCUACAGGAUAAAGUGUUCGGCUGUGGAUUCUGUAGUUUUGCAACAUCUUCAACUUCCUAGGCACCAUGGCAGGGAGUUGACUGAUCAUCCAACUGCAGCUGCUAUGUUGGCUUCUCUCCCUGAAUGUUUGUGGGCAACAGGUCCUACGGAUGUGGGGCUUGUUGAUGUUGCACCUGUCACUUUUGAUUUACGACCAGGCCCUCCUAUUUGGAGGUCGCAAUAUCCUCAUAGGCGGGCGGCAGAGGAAGGAAUAGCAGAAACUAUUAGGGGUCUUCUGGAGGCUGGUGUGUUAGAAUCUUCCACCUCUCCCUGGAACACUCCUAUUUUACCAGUCGAAAAGAAAGGAACGGGUAAAUACCGCAUGGCACAUGAUCUCCGGGCAAUUAAUUCUGUUUUAUUGACCCCUACGGUGCCAGUACCAAAUCCCCAUGUUGCGCUAACUAACCUUGAUCCCUCUCAGACUUGGUUCUCUUGUGUAGAUCUUGCUAACGCUUUCUUUUGUCUCCCAUUGGCUGAGGAAUGCAGGGAUGUGUUUUCCUUCACCUACAGGGGUCAGCGGCUGAGAUAUACGCGUGUGCCUCAGGGUUUUGCUCUCUCCCCAGGGCUCUUUAAUCAGGUUUUGAAACAGCAGUUAGCAGACUGUUUGUUACCAGACGGUGUGACUUUGAUUCAGUAUGUGGAUGACCUCAUGCUGGCGGCGCAGUCCUUGGAGUCUUGUAUUGAGGCUUCGCGGCGUUUACUCUCACACCUGGCUGACAGGGGUUUUAAAGUGAGUAGAUCUAAAUUGCAAAUUGCUAGGAAGCAGGUUUCUUUCUUGGGGCGGAUUAUCACUGCGACUGGCACUCAGAUGUCUGCCAGUCACAAAUCUGCUAUUCUCGCUCACCCUAAACCACGCACAGUGAAGGAAAUGUUGUCCUUUCUUGGUUUGACUGGUUACAGUAGGAACUAUGUUCCUAACUAUACUGGUCUGACAGACCCUUUACGGGCAUUGGUCAGGGAGCAUGGGAUUCGUCAGCUCAACAAUGCUCUGACUUGGAAUGUGGAGGCUGAAGAUGCUUUUAUCUCUCUGAAACAACAAUUGGCUGCUGCUGCCCAGUUGGCUAUCCCAGACUAUGCUUCGCCUUUUUAUUUGGAUGUUUCAGUAACAACAUUGACGGUAAAUGCUGUUUUGUUUCAGAAAAUUGGAGGUGAUAGAAGAAUCCUCCAAUAUGUCAGCGCAAUGUUGGAUCCGAUGGAGAAAAGACAUCCUGCAUGUACAAGGCAUGCAGCAGGUGUAGGAAAAAUGAUUCAAAAAACAGCACACAUUGUGAUGGGUCAUCCAUUGCAGGUUAUGACAUCACACAGUGUGGUGGCAUAUGUGAAUUCACAACAUUUCACAUUAACUACAUUGAGACAACAAAAAUUGAGCAAAAUUCUGGAAUCACCGAAUAUAACUUUUGUACACAGUGGAGUGAAUAUGGCUGACAGAAUGCAAGAUGGACAGCCACACAACUGUGAGGAAUUAGUACAGACGGAGGAAAAGAUAAGACCUGACCUACAAGCUUCUCCUUUAGGAGGUGAGGAUGUGAAAAACUUUUAUACAGACGGUUGCUGUUUUAAACAUGACACAGACGGAUUGAGAGCAGCAUAUGCGAUAGUGGAAGACUUGGGCAGUGAGUUUCGUGUUUUGAAGGCAGAACAGCUGCAGGGUGCCCAAUCGGCACAGAGAGCAGAAGUGAAAGCAAUGGUUGAAGCUCUGAAACUAGCUGAGGGAAUGAGGGUGAAUCUUUACAGUGAUUCAGCUUAUGUGGCUAGCGCUGUACAUGUGGAACUCCCUCAGUGGCUCAGAGCAGGAUUUAUAACUGCAGCACAAAAGCCCAUAAAACAUGAAACUGAAAUGAAAGAAUUGGCGGAGGCAUUAUUGUUGCCUCGAUCCGUUGCUGUGAUUAAAUGCAAAGGACAUGAUCAGAGUAAGACCAGAGUUGCAGCGGGAAAUGCGGCAGCGGAUGAGGCCGCUAAGAGGGCAGCUGGAUACCCGUCUUCUCUUGUGAUGGUGAGUAGUGAACUUGAGCAGAUCGAACAAAAUCACCUUGAAAAAAUUAUUUCUCAUCAGAAAGGCGCAUCACCUGAGGAACAGUCAGUCUGGAAUGCAAGAGGGGCCGUCUGCAAUGAAGGACUCUGGCGGGGACCAAAUGGUAAAGUAAUUCUCCCUCCAAAUAUGAGAAUCUAG